AAUGGCCAGAAAAGGCGAUUACUGCACUUAAUGCAGCAGCACCGCAGCUUUGGAAGGGGCCAAUUUAUGAAACCAAACGCGAGGAAGGAGCACGAACAGGUUUGGGCUGCCGUUGCUGCUGAAUUAAAUGCAUUGGGAGGGUCCCACAAGUCCCCUAAUCAGUGGAAAAAGUGUUGGAUAGACUGGAAAUCGACACUCAAGAAGCUGCACAAUGCCCACAGAGCGUUCGCCAGACGAACUGGAAACCUGCCGUUACAGGACGGUCCAAAACCGUUGGAUGCCAUGGACCGUGAAAUUCUGGAGUUUUUUUCCAGCGACAUGGUGGACGGUGAUGGGCUCACUACCGAAAUUGGUUUGUCGACAACUGCUGAAAUGGUCGAUGUUACCAUUGAGGAUGAGGGUGAUGCUACUGCCAACCUUGGGUUGGACGCAAACGCGGACAGUUUGGACAUCUUCGAAGUGGAGGCACUUGAAGAGGUUGCAAUGGGUCAGGUGCUUGAGGUUGUACCAAACAAACAGCAACCCAAACAGCGCACAAACCAAAGCUGUGUGGAAGAAGCGAGCAGUCUCAUUGAAAAUCACCAUGCGCAGCUGAAAGAGAUUUUGGAGAGACAACACAAGGAGCACAUGGGUGUUUUACAUGGAAAUCACGAUACACUGAGAGCUCUGCUGGAAACCAUGACGGGAGCGACUGUUGCAUAAGGAGUAAGCAC